AUGGAUCGAACAGAUAUGGCGGCUUAUUUCCCCCACUUGCCUUCACCACGGGGGAACGACUCGCCUUCACCGCAAAUGUAUUCGCCAGAUCCCAUCACGCCAAUCCACUCCCCACACCAUUCCGUCCACUCGUCGGUGUCUCUUCGAGCUUCUCUCCAUACCCUCUCCUUGCACGAAUAUCGCAAGCAGCAAAACACACCCGAGUCGCGGACAGGGACACCAGCGGGAAAGACUCUUCGGAGAAAGGCUGCCGCGCCCGCUUUGAACGAAAUUGAGCGCGCUCCUUCCGUUACACAUUCAAGACGUUCAGGGCCUCCUUCAUCUUCACGGCCCUUGCAGGCGUCUCAAUCGGCGCAGCAGCUGUUCUCACACCCAGCACCGUCUCGGCAGGUGCUGCUCGACCAAGCUUUUCGGUCACAAUCUGCUGAACCGAGUGCGCAGAGCUACGGAAUACCAAGCACACUAAACACCAACCUGCCACUUAGAGUACAUAACUUUGGUUCUAGGAAGAGGCUCCCGAGACCGCUCGAAGCCAAGGGCGGUUCUAACCUUUACCCUCCCCCUCUCGCAAUUGUGUGUACGACGCAACCGCGACGCUCGGUGCUACCGGCAACUUCAAGCUUUUCAAAGGAGAAUACAUACUCUAGCGACGCGCUCACCACACCUACGCCUUCGACGUUCUCACUGUCAAAAUUUCCACACCCACCACACUUGCAGGACCCUUCUUUUUCUCCUCCGCCCGAGGAGAAUGGACCCACACGACUGAACGCACUCAGUUUCGCGUCAACUGCGCCAGCAACACCACCCGCAACCCCCGCCGUGAUUCACUAUCGCGGUGCGUCUUUCGACCUUGUCAACCCCCGCGAAUCACUGCUGCUUCACGACAUCGUCACUCCGUCAAGAGACUUUGAAUCAAGCGAAUUCCUGCUUGUGCAAUCGCCCGACGAGUCGCUUGCAUUAUCUCCAGAGAUGGCACCUAGACGAGCUUUGUACCGUGAUCUCAAUUCCGCACAUGCGAGUAUCAGAAAGUGCACCGAGGAUUCCUUGGGCGCGUCCAACCUCGACCUUCCACUUCCUCCGGUUCCUGUGGCAGUUAGCCCAGGUUCGUCGUCAUAUUCUCCGCUCUACAGCCCAGAGUCAAACUUUGCUCCUUCUGCGUUGGCUGUCAAGAAGGUUCCAAAUGAAUCUCGAUUCUCUCUCAAGCAACUUACACGUUCCCUCACCAAGAAACUGGGUAGGAGUUCUGACAAGCAGAAUGGGGAGGAACUGCAAGACUUUGAACCGAGGGUGGAUAUAGCAUCAACGUCUGUGGAUGGCGACUUCCAUCGGGCCUUCAACCACACCUACGUUACCACGCCGCAGGCCUCGUAUUUUCCCAUAGGCCCGACAUCACCAAUUAGUCCUACUAGUCCGGAAUCUCUUCAAGACUUGGGAGUACUUCCAGACGAGGAUGGCGAGAUCGAAUUCCCUCGACGGUUUUCACCGCAGUAUUACGAUUCCGAGCCUCUGAUGUCAAUGGUUCCGGAUAAUCCUUCGACUCAGAUGGGGCGGAUGGAUGAUCAGCGUGCCUCUAUCUCUGAUGGAGAUCUGUAUUCGAAACCAUAUUACGAGACGUCUAUUUAUGCAAGCUCGUCCGUCUACACUGGAGAUGACCGACGAAGAUCAAACUACCAGCAAAGUUCUUACAGCAACCAACAAAGCAAUCCUUACAUACACUACAGUGGUGCGGACGCGAACAGUUUUGCAGACGAAUACAAUCGUGAUAGCCUAUACGGUUACAGUAGCCCUCGGCGGACCAGUCGUCGUGUAUCUCGGCCUUUGGCGCAGGAGAUGUUUCAUCGGUCGGUUGUCCAGGCGGAUGAUAAGACGGAUACUAUCAGCAAAUUUAUCGACCGGUAUGAUCCAGGCGACAUAACGAGCAAUUCCUUGUCUACAAAAGAACGUUUUGUAGACGCAUAUGGCCCAGAUAAGUCGGGGUCCGGUGCGUUCGAGGAUGUGUCAUCCGACUACCAACCUCAGCCGAUAAGGUCUGUCUCUGGUGUUAACCAUUAUGAAUUUGGUCUGAGCCACAACGUCCAAGAUCAAUACUCAGAUGGCACUGUCAGUUCUGUACACGUUGUGCCUGCAACGAGGCCUACGGUCACUCAAGAGCCGGGAUUACCCCCACAAGCACCGGUUCCUCCAACACCAGAGCACCAUGCACCGACUUAUGUCCUUCCACGUCCAGAAUUCUCUGAAAUGUUCUCGAACGGAUCCUUCAAAUCGUAUGGGGAUACUCGCAACUUGCUGCAAAUUUCACAAUCAGAUGUGGAGGUCCCACAAGUAUCACGCCAAGGUCUUCAGCCAUCUUCGUCAUAUUCCCAGGCAGAGGCCAGAGCGCUUGAACCGUCGUCGUCAUAUUCUCAAGCGGACGGUGAAGCCAGCCCUCAGACUCCACAAGCAGCGCUUGAUCAAGCCGAGCAAAUCUUCCAGAACGCGGUCACUGAUCGCAAGCAGAACGAGCAGGGUAUACCGUUGAUGUGGACUAGGCGCACCUCAGGCAAUUUACUGUUACAUAGAAAACAUAGCAACGACCAUCCUGGAGACAAGCGAGAAUCCGGAUUGGGUGCUGGGUUUAGCAAUAGCGUCGCCGAAGAAAGAGCGGAUUGGGAGACCAUUGCUGGGACCAGUCAGCGAGGACGGACAUCUUUGGAUAGUAUUGCGGACUACAGUAGUAGCGAGGGUUCCCGCAACAGCCUGAGUUUAAACUCAGAUGGCUCUCCGCCAUCUUGGGCUAAGCAAAGUCACUCGCGAGGACCAUCGCAUUACAGCCAUCCAAGCCCUCUCCGAGCAGAGCAUGCCCAUCCAUUCAGUUCGUCGCCACCAAGUCUAAUGGCUCGUAGUGCAGUCCGAACUGCGCCUGAAGCUCCAACUUCUCCGAUGGGUUCUAGUCCUCCAGGAUCCUCGACAGUACCCGCGUUUCGUUCCCUCACCCGAUCUGCGAAUACAGUGGGCAAAGGUGCCGUCGAAGAGCCGUAUGCAUUUACCCCAUGGGUGGAUCCGUAUGCGUUCAGUGAUAAGGAAACUCAAGAGUUGCUUGCUUCAGGUCCCAAUGACGACAUAAUCAUACAAGACGAGCUCAACGCAUCGCGCCGGUCACAACACCUCAUGAACCCGUAUUUGCACGAUCAAGCACUUAUGUCUAGCUCUCCAGACAGCAGAUAUGGAAACACCAAGCACGACCGCGAGAACUCGUUCGAGAAGUUCUCGGUCGUCGGUCCAAAAGGCAAUCUUACAGGCACUCCAAAAGGAACCGGUAUGCAUGAAACAGGUAGCAGUAUUGCAGAUACAAGUAGUCCUGGUGCGAGGCUAAGUUCAAGUGUUGGACGUUCAAGCGUUCGUUCCGAUUAUCAUGGCUUCUACGCAUCUCCAUUUCCAGCUACGGGCAGCGUUACCCGGAUUCGCACUUCUCUGCCAGCCCCUGAACCGGACCAUGAGCAAACCCCAUCACGAACAACAACUUCUCCCCAUACAUACAACUCUCAGUCGGUUCAAGAAACUUCUCCACUUACUGGAGUGGGCCAUCGACAAAGUUUGCGAAACUCCACCGAAUUCCAGCGUGCACGUCGAACAAGCCGUGCUGCCGUCCCUGGACAGACGAAGUUGCGACACAUGUUCCUUGCGCCCGAUUCUAGGGCAACACUUUCUAGCCAAGACUCCAACCACUCGCGUUUCCUGGCUACAAGGACUACUGAACGUCCGUCAACAAGCGACACCAACACGCCGUUGCGUCCUUGCUUUAGCGUUGAUACUCAUGCUACGGUUCAAUCUGCUGUCGCCCAUCAUCACUCACCACAUCUACUCUGUCCAGAACGCAAGAGUGACCCUGAGGAUGAGGCUCGCCGGCGUCAGUUGUCGUGGUUUAUAUUCGCCGCUUUCUGUCUCUUCCCUCCUUGCAUCAUCCUCCAUCGGUUUUACGGAAACUCGAUCAUGGUGUGGUGCACAAAAGGUCAUCUUGGCCACUGCACUCCGCAAUCCCACCGAGCUGCGCUCAUCGCCGGUAUCGCUGUUAACGUUAUACUGGUCACUGGAAUCUUAGUCCCAAUCCUUGUGGCGCAUGCCUUGAAGGCGUUGUGA